UUUGGCAGUUAAACAUAAUGCAUGUGCUUACAAUAUUCUGUUCACUUCUCGUUAUUGACGUUGUUCAUUAUGAACACGCCAUAACACGCGGACAACAUUUCGGGUUCGCGCCACCGCGGCACUUCAAGUACAUACAAAUGGAUCUUCUGCACCGCGGCAGCUUCAACACGACCGACUGCGUGAAGGAGUGGCUCAACUGCUGGGAAGUGGUGAAGGCGGAUGUGAUCUGCUCGCGCGCGGACGUGUACGAGUCUAUUUGCGGCCCCAUGCGCUUCGACUGCCACGAGCACCACGGCUGGGUCGAGCGUAACGAGCUGCCGAUAUUCGAGUCCUUCUGUAAGACUUACAACAGACCAACGUAAUAGAUGGAACAAUGCGAAGCCACCGACUGCUAUUAAUAUUGUAUUAUUAGGGUUGUUGGAUGUAAUAAAAACCACUUGUUAGUCA